AGGAUCUUCCGAUCUUAGCUACAAUUUUAUAUUCUACGAUCUUGCUAUUCUCUCCCGAUCUUAUGUAAGAUCUCGAUCUUGACAACCUUGGUGAAGAGAAAUAUCGCAGCUAGCAGCAGUUGACAUUUUUGUCAGUACUGUUGAUCCGUUAAAGGAGCCCCCAAUUGUGACAGCCAAUACUGUACUAUCAAUUCUUUCUGUUGACUACCCAGUGGAUAAGGUCUCUUGUUAUGUCUCUGAUGAUGGUGCUGCUAUGUUGACAUUUGAGGCUCUUGCCGAGACAUCAGAAUUUGCUAGGAAAUGGGUUCCUUUUAGUAAGAAAUAUGCAAUUGAACCGCGAGCACCUGAGUGGUGCUUUUCAAAGAAAAUUGACUAUUUGAAAGAUAAGGUCCAACCAUCGUUUGUCAAAGAUCGUAGAGCAAUGAAGAGAGAAUAUGAAGAAUUCAAAAUUCGUAUCAAUGGACUUGUUGCAAAAGCAACAAAAGUUCCUGAAGAAGGAUGGGUGAUGCAAGAUGGUACACCUUGGCCUGGAAACAACACCUGAUACCAUCCAGGAAUGAUCCAGGACAAAUUUUGAGUAGUUAUGUGAAAAAAAGUGAUUUUGAACAAGAAAAUGCUGGAGAAUCAAGUGGUAUUGUUGAUGAUGAAGUAAUAGAGAACAAAGAUAACAAUGAACCACCAAUGGUUCAGGUUCCGCUGCAACCACUUCCCAUUGAUUUAAUAGGAAAUACAAUGAAGGUUGGAAUGAAGUCAAGGAAAAAUGAAAAAUUAGCGUUAACAUGGCAAGUGAUGGAAUACAACUUAGAGUUAUUUGUUAAUAUGGCAAUGUUUCAAACAGAUAGGGAGAGAAAUCAUGAGAUUGAAAUGAUGAAUAAAAGUGCUGAGGCGUCCUCUGAUUUAACUUUGUAG